AUGAGUAAGCUGCAGAGCGAUGUGCUGCGCGAGGCGAUUACGAACCUGCUGACGGCUUCGAAGGAGAAGAACCGCAAGUUCUCGGAGACGAUCGAGCUGCAGAUCGGGCUUAAGAACUACGACCCCCAGAAGGACAAGCGUUUCAGCGGCUCCGUCAAGCUGCCGCACGUGCCGCGCCCCAAGUACCGCGUGUGCAUGCUCGGAGAUGCCCAGCAUGUCGAGGAGGCGGAGAAGAUCAGUCUAGACUGCAUGGGCGUGGAGGCGCUGAAGAAGAUGAACAAGAACAAGAAGCUCGUCAAGAAGCUCGCCAAGAAGUACCACGCGUUCCUGGCGUCGGAGGCCAUCAUCAAGCAGAUCCCCAGGCUGCUCGGCCCCGGGCUGAACAAGGCCGGCAAGUUCCCCACGCUCUGCACUCACCACGAGCCUCUCGAGAGCAAGUUGCUGGAGGCGAAGUCGACGAUCAAGUUCCAGCUGAAGAAGGUGCUGUGCAUGGGCAUCGCGGUGGGCAACUGCGACAUGGAGGAGAAGCAGAUCUUCCAGAACGUGCAGCUCUCCGUCAACUUCCUCGUCUCGCUGCUCAAGAAGAACUGGCAGAACGUCAAGUCGCUGUACAUCAAGAGCACGAUGGGCAAGCCCCUCCCCCUCCUCCCUUUCCUCUCUUCCCUUCCGCCUAUCUUCCAUCCCCGUUCCUCGCCUUUUGUGCUUCUUUCCCUCCCCACCAUGUCUCCCUCCCCGUUCCUUCUGCCCACCAUGUCUCCCUCCCCGUUCCUUCUCCCCACCAUGUCUCCCUCUCUUCCCCAUUCCCUUAUUGGUUGA